AUUGCUUUAGGUCGAUACACUUACACAGUUGUGGAUCAGUAAUGUUUGUAUACUAGCGACUUACCAAUAGAUUGCAAUUACGUUAUCGAUGCUAGCUUAUAUUCCAUGGAUGUUUGUUCGGAAAAAAUACGUUUCUUACUGGUUUGAACCGUCGUGUGUAUGGCCAGGGAAUAUCGGUUAUUCCACAGACUCGCUUUGCUAACGAAACGCUCUGAUUGUCUUCAGAUGCUGGAAGACAGACCAGUUCAAAGACAGCGCUGAAGCUAUCAUCUGGUUCCUGUAAAGGAAUAUGACACAAAGUGGAAGUCGGGUCAAAUUUAACAUCAGAGGAAGGACAUUCGAGACGUUUGCGUCGACUUUGAAAGCUGUAUCGGACUCUAAGCUGGCUCGGCUGACCCCGGAGCACGAGUCGUACGACGACAAGAACCAGGAGUACUUCUUUGACAGAGACCCCGACCUCUUCAAUGUGAUUCUGAACCUACUGGUCACCGGGAACCUGCACGUUCCCCGACAGGUGUGCGGGGCCUUGCUCCGGGAGGAGCUGUCGUUCUGGGAGAUAGGGAAUGGAAACGUCAGCAAGUGCUGCUGGAGACAGUACUUCCAGCAUGAGGACGACAUGUCAGUGUUAAAGGACUUGAUUGAUAAUGAAGACAGUAAUAGCACUUGGAUAGAAGGCGAGACGCUCAAAGAACGAAUUUGGCUUGUUUUGAAUAGCCCAGGUUCUUCAAAGUUUGCAAAGACUUGGUAUAUAUUAUAUCUGUGCGUUGUGUUCAUCAGCAUCGUUGUUUUCUGUAUCUGGAACAUCGAGGGUCUCCGCACGGAGCUCUAUGUGUCCGACUUCAUCACUCAUCACUACCCCGACAUCCAUCUCUCGGGCAACGACAAGCUGACCACACUCAUCCUCACAGACCCCGUGCCUGCUCUGUUCGCCCUGGAGACGGGCUGUCUUGUAUUCUUUAUGGUUGAGUGGACCCUAGGUCUGGUCGUGUGUCCGAGGAAGAGAGACUACCUCACAUCAUGGACUCACGUCGUCAGCUUUGUUCUCGUCUUUGCAAUGCUGAUGAAUUUCUUGAUGGAGUUCUUCAAGUCUGUCUUGGCUGAGAACGAAGUGGCAAGGUGGCUGUAUUUCAUUUUUAAAGCCAUAAGCAUGGUACGGCUGCUCCUCUUUAUUCGUGUCGCACGCCGGUUUAGCGCAUUACGAGUACUGCUUCUCGCCAUAAAAAACAGUCUCCUAGAACUAUUACUGAUGGCCAUUACUUUUUGUCUCGGGAUGGUGUUCUUCGCAACGUUAAUCUUUUACGCUGAAAUAACGAACGUUGAAUCAUUUUCAAACAUUUUCAUAUCCAUGUGGUGGGCUAUUAUCACCAUGACAACCGUUGGGUAUGGAGACAUACACCCCAGCUCCGUCGCUGGAUACAUUGUCGGUGUGUUCUGUGCGUUGUCAGGUCUCCUGCUUCUGGCAAUGCCGGUUGCAAUUAUUGCGUCCAACUUUUCUGAGUACUACAGCCAAAAUAAUUUUUACCAACGUUAUCUGAGACUUCAGAAAGAAAACAGAAAUAAGGAAACUUGUGAAAUGAAUAAAAUCCACCCACACAAAGAAGCUAAGUUUGAUGGUUUGAGCUGGCCCGCGGAUUAAGCUGGACUGAGAUGUAAAUUGUUGGUAGUGACGUCACAUCCUUUUUCCUGAAAGCAUGACACGCUGCUGUUCGGGCGAACAUUGCUUUUGAGGAUUGGAAACAUUUGCUAUAGAUCUAGAUGAUUUUAAUUUUUAAUUGUAUUUUAAUGGCUUUAUUAAAACGGCAAAUAAAUCAAACUUAUUCAACUAAGUCCAAAAGUGGUUUUUAAUUAUUCAUACUCAUAAACAUACAGUGUAUGAUGUUCGUUACAGUUAAUUGGUGACCAUUGUAGAUUGUCAAUACAUAUUGCACUGUUGUGAAGCGCAAGUUAAGAAGAAAAUAAACAUGAUACAUUACACAUGCACAUAUUUUAAAAAACCUUCAAAGAUUAUUAAAAUUAAAUGUUACCAGAGUGAUUUUAUAAAAACAAACUCCAAAACCUCAGGGCCAGGUGAUCACAGUACAGGUAAGUUGACACAAGUUGAUUAUUUAUAUACUAUAGGGAGAUUAGCUCAUAUAAACUAAACGAAAUGAUCCCGUUAUAAGUUUAUGAACUUAAAAACAUUACAAAAAUCGUUAUCAUUUAUCAUAGUUUUAUAUUCAUUUGUAAUUUUCUUUCCAUCCUGUAUAUACAUAAAGUUUUCACCUGCAAUGUUUUCAAGAUGUGGAAAUAUGUGUCCGCUAAAAUAGAAACAAUAUACGUAGUAAUCUUAUGCAUUCAGAUCAUUCCGAUCAAAAAUGUCGCACAUGCAUAACAAAUCUUCAAAUAAAAAAAAAAUUGAAACCCCAAAAUACAACAAGUAUUUCGACUUUAUAAAUAUUAUUUCGUUUUGCAAACUGUAAAAGGAAAUCUUAAAACUAAUGCAACCAAAGAUAAAUAAUGAAGCAAAUUCUAGAAAUCACAGCACAGAGCCUCUUUGAAAAGGUAGUAACCGUUUCAUUCAAACAACAAUGAAAUGUUAAAAAUUAAAAAAUUUAAUAUUCGCCUUGAAAUAUUUUCUCACAUGCAUACA